AUGGCGGCCGAGCAGCGCCUCAGCGCGCAGGCGUCACUCUUCUACCGCGUCACAGAGCCACCACCGACGACGGCGGCGCGGCCCAGAGCGGCCUCACGCACGGGCCGGGCGAGUCAGGCGCCGCUUCCGGUCCGGCCACCGGAAGUGCGGAACGCCUACCGAGAAGCGCCCGAAGGCGGAGAGAAGAUCGGCGCCGACCGAGAUCGGCGGUCUGAGGAAGAAGCUGUCAUGGCGGUGCCGGCGCCGGGCUGCAGCCUGAAGGACGAGCUGCUGUGCCCGAUCUGCCUGGGCCUCUACCAGGAGCCCGUCAGCUUCGGCUGCGAGCACUACUUCUGCCGCCGCUGCAUCUCCGAGCACUGGAGCCGGCAGGAGGCGCAGGCGGCGCCCGCCCGGGACUGCCCCGAGUGCCGCCGGGCCUUCUCGGCGCCCGCCCUGGCGCCCAGCCUCAAGCUGGCCAACAUCGUGGAGCGCUUCGCCGCCUUCCCGCCCGAGGCGGCGCUGGGCGGCGGCGGAGGGAGGGGCGGCCGGGCCGGGGGCUCGCCCUGCGGGAAGGCCCACGCCAAGGUGCGCCUCUUCUGCCUGAGCGACCGCGCCGUCGUCUGCUUCUUCUGCGACCGGCCCGCCCUGCACGAGCAGCACCAGGUCACCGGCCUGGACGAGGCCUUCGAGGAGAUGCAGAGGGAACUGAAGGAGCAGCUGCAGACCCUCCAGGACAGCGAGCGUGGCCACACGGAGGCCCUGGCUCUGCUGAAGCACCAGCUGGCCGAGACCAAGUCCUCGGCCAAGAGCCUGCGGGCCACAAUCGGCGAGGCCUUUGAGCGGCUGCACAGGCUGCUGCGCGAACGCCAGAAGGCCAUGCUGGAGGAGCUGGAGGCCGACACGGCCCGGACGCUGACCGACAUCGAGCAGAAGAUCCAGCGCUACAGCCAGCAGCUGCGCAAAGUGCAAGAGGGCAGCCAGAUCCUGCAGGAAAGGCUGGCGGAAACCGACAAGCACAGCUUCCUGGCCGGCAUCGCCUCUCUCUCGGAGAGGCUGAAGGGGAAGAUCCACGAGACUAACCUCACCUACGAAGACUUCCCCACUUCGAAGUACAUGGGGCCUCUGCAGUACACCAUCUGGAAAUCCCUCUUCCAGGACAUCCAGCCAGUGCCUGCCACGCUGACCCUGGACCCGGCCACCGCUCACCAGCGCCUGAUCCUCUCCGACGACUGCACCAUCGUCUCCUACGGCAACUUGCACCCGCAGCCGCUGCAGGACUCGCCCAAGCGCUUCGACGUGGAGGUGUCGGUGCUGGGCUCGGCGGCCUUCAACAGCGGCAUCCACUACUGGGAGGUGGUGGUCUCGGAGAAGACCCAGUGGAUGAUCGGGCUGGCCCACGAGGCCGUCACCCGCAAGGGCAACAUCCAGAUCCAGCCGAGCCGCGGCUUCUACUGCAUCGUCAUGCACGACGGGAACCAGUACAGCGCCUGCACUGAGCCCUGGACGCGGCUGAACGUCAAGAGCAAGCUGGAGAAGGUGGGGGUCUUCCUGGACUACGCCAAGGGGCUGCUCAUUUUCUACAACGCGGAUGAUAUGGCGUGGCUUUACACCUUCCGGGAGAAGUUCCCGGGGAAACUCUGCUCCUACUUCAGCCCCGGACAGAGCCACGCCAACGGGAAGAACGUGCAGCCGCUCCGGAUCAACACCAUCCGGAUCUAAGGACUCUCCUGGUCUCGUCUCUUCCCG